CAGACCCAGUUAUUUACGGAGUUCCGAUGUGGGACUGUGGGUACAUAUUUUCAAAUACGUGUGUGUGAAUCUCAAUCACAUGCCGAAAAGUGUGGUGGAGAAUUAUUCUACGUUUGGCCUAUUUGACCAUAUAUAAUAAUAGAGAGCUUCUCUGUACAUGACUAUAAACAAAGCAAGUUAUAUCAUUUCUAUAUACUAAACACGUACUUGCUAUAUUAAGACUGAGUCAUAUCAAGAUGAGUCAAAACGCUUUGAUGGCCGAGCAGGAGAUGGAGGCAAUGACCCUCCUCUUCAACGGAAUGGUGGAUACUUGUUACAAGAAAUGCAUCCCCGGUCACUACAGGGAAGGUGAUCUAACCAAGGGCGAAGCUGUGUGUUUGGAUCGCUGUGCCGCUAAAUACAUAGAUCUUAGUGAGAAGAUUGGGCGACAAAUGACGGAGAUCCAGAACACGCUAGCCGCUUCACAAAUGCCCUCCCAGUAAAAAUCGAUUUUCCGUAGCGCACCGAGAGUACCUUUAAUUUUCGAAUGUUGAAAUGUGAUGCACUUCUCG